AUGCAGCAUAAAUCCCUGACCUCGCUGAAUAUUUGUCAGGUGGCAUCAACGCCAAGAACUGCUCGAAUCCUGAUCAGACCUGACCGCAGAGGCCUUGAGGGCGAAGGGCAGGAAGGAUGUGGGUCGGUGUCUUCAAGGGUAGAUGUCCCGACACUGGAGGGGACAGAGUCUGAGGAGCAGAUGCCUGGUGUGGCCAUGGACUCUCAGAGCCAAGGGGAUGUGAUGAGCACUGAGAAGGGCAGACUUCCCACCCCAUCUUGGGUUUUUCUGUUGCAGUUUCGUAGAGAACCUAAGCCUGGAGACCUGAUUGAGAUUUUCCACAUUGGCUAUGAGCACUGGGCCAUCUAUGUGGGAGACGGUUAUGUGAUCCAUCUGGUUCCUCCAGGUGACCUGGGGACCAGAUCCACCAUCGUCUGCUCCAUUCCGAGCAGCAAGGCGGUGGUGAAGCAGGAGCUCCUGAAGGACGUGGUGGGGAAUUGCUUCUAUAGGAUCAACAACCACUUAGACCAUGAGUACCGACCAGAGCCUGUGAACAAGAUCAUCAGAUCUGCCAAGGAGAAGAUUGGUGAGAGGAUGGAGUACAGUCUUCUGGAAAAUAACUGUGAGCAUUUUGUCACCAAUCUGAGAUACGGUUGGCCCCACAGCAAGCAGGUAGAAGACGCCCUGACGGGAGGAAAGAUUACCAUAGCAUUAGGGGUUCUAAAUCUUAUUGGCUUGGUGCUUGUGGGAACACACAUCCAAAUCCAGUGACACCAGAAGGAGCCCCAAAUCCUGCAGCUGCAAAGACCAGUGAAGACACCCCACGGCUCCUCUGUCUAUCGGACCCUCAACUUCUGACAACCCGUCAUUCUGUCUCUUUCCCUCUCUCACUGGCUGAAGGAUAGGCUAAUUGUGCCUUUCUUUCCUUUCCUUUCCCUCUGCCCCUUUCCCCCAUCAGCAUGCUCUCUCUCUUUCUAAAAAAUUAAAAUAAAAUAAAAUAUACUGGACCAAGCUCCUACUUUCUAGACUGACUUCCAUGAACCAGAUUCCACUGAAAUGUAAAAUAUAUACAUACUUAAUAAAAGCAGACUUUAUUUUCA